CAGAAGUCACAGCCUCCUUCCUGAGCUCUAUCACCUUUAGCUGGUACAGCAGGAUGGUUCUGAAGGGCUAUCGCAAACCCCUGGAGAUGGAAGAUCUCUGGGACUUGAAAGAAAAUAUGAAAACGCAGCAAAUCUUAAGCAGGUUUGACAGGAACAUGAGGGCUGAGUUGAGGAAGGCCCGUUGGGAGCUGGAGAGACGGCGCUGCAAGAGGAGCUUGUGUGAGGCAGCCCCAGACCACAGGAAUGGACUCGGCAAGGCUCAGAGCCAAGAUAUCCUGGUGCUGGAGGAGAAGGAACCGAAGCGGAAGAAGAAGGAGGAUGUGGGUGGCCCCAGCGGGGAUUACCCCAAAGCCUGGCUGGCCAAGACCCUGAUCAGAACUUUUGCGGGGAACCUCCUGAAAUCAGUGGCUUUCAAGGUGGUACACGAUCUUCUGGUGUUUGCCAGCCCCCAGCUGCUGAAACUGCUGAUCUCCUUUGUUGCGGACCCCACGGCGUAUGCCUGGCAGGGCUACCUCUACGCCUUGCUGCUGUUUGUAACCGCGCUGGUCCAGUCGCUCUGCCUGCAGCAGUACUUUCAGCUCUGCUUUCUGCUGGGUAUGAGCCUGCGCACGGCACUCAUGGCCGCUGUCUACAAGAAGGCGCUCACUGUCUCCAACGCCACCCGCAAGGAGUACACCCAAGGUGAGACAGUGAACCUUAUGUCCGCCGACACCCAGAGGUUCAUGGACCUGGCCAGCUUCAUCCACCAACUGUGGUCGGCGCCGCUACAGAUUGCCCUGUCCAUCAUCUUCCUGUGGUGGGAGCUUGGCCCCUCUGUCCUGGCAGGGAUCGGGGUCAUGGUGCUGCUCAUCCCCAUCAACGCUGUCCUGGCCACCAAGGCCAGAAGAAUUCAGAUGAAGAACAUGAAGAACAAGGAUCAGCGCAUGAAAAUAAUGAAUGAAAUCCUCAGUGGGAUCAAGAUUCUGAAACUGUUCGCCUGGGAGCCUUCGUUUGAGCGACAGGUUGGGGAGAUCCGGGUGCGUGAGCUGAAGGGUUUGCUGGACUUUACCAACCUUCAGGCUUUUUCCAUCUUCAUCUUCUCCUGUGCCCCGUUCCUGGUCUCUGUGGCCAGCUUCGCCGUCUACGUCAUGGUGGAUGAGAAGAACGUCCUAGACGCACAGAAGGCAUUUACCUCCAUCUCCCUCUUCAACGUUCUGCGCUUCCCCAUGGCCAUGCUGCCCAUGGUCAUCUCCUCCUUGGUGCAGAGCGGCGUGUCCACCAAGCGGCUGGAGCGGUACCUGGGGAGUGGCAACCUGGACCCCUCAGCCAUAAGAUGUGACCCCAGUGUUGACUGUGCGAUGCAGUUCUUCGAGGCCUCCUUUGCCUGGGAGCAGGGUGCCGAGCCUGUGAUCAGAGAGGUCACUUUGGAUAUCAAGCCUGGGCACCUCGUGGCUGUGGUCGGGGCUGUGGGCUCAGGGAAAUCCUCACUGGUGUCAGCUGUGCUAGGAGAGAUGGAAAACCUCAAGGGGCACAUUAACAUCCAGGGCUCUGUGGCCUACGUUCCCCAGCAGGCCUGGAUACAGAACGCCACGCUGAAGGACAACAUUCUCUUUGGGUCGGACCUGGAUGAGGCUAGGUACCAGCAGGUUGUGGAGGCCUGUGCUCUCCUUCCAGACCUGAAGCUGCUCCCUGGAGGUGACCUCACAGAGAUUGGAGAGAAGGGCAUUAACCUGAGUGGGGGCCAGAAGCAGCGGGUCAGCCUGGCUAGGGCUGUAUACAGCAAUGCAGAUAUCUACCUGCUGGACGACCCCCUGUCGGCCGUGGACGCUCACGUGGGAAAGCACCUCUUUGACCAGGUGCUGGGGCCGGAUGGGCUGCUGCAGGGCAAGACCCGGAUCCUGGUGACGCACAGUGUCAGUUUCCUGCCAAGGAUGGAUGAGAUUGUGGUGCUGGUGGACGGUGCCGUGUCUGAGCAGGGCUCCUACAGCACCUUGCUGGCUAACGGGGGGGCCUUUGCUCAGCUCCUGAGCACGUAUGGAAGCCAGGAGGGCAGCGCCCCCGAGGAGGAGGCCACAGUUGGAGCUGCAGAGGAGCAAGACGAUGGGGUCCCUGAGACUAGCACGGAAGACGUGCCAGCUGACAUAGUGACCAUGACCCUGAAAAGAGAAGCCAGCAUCCAGCAGAGAGGAUUCAGCCGCAGCCUCAGCACCAGCAGCACCAAGUCCCUGCGAAAGGCCCUGCAAGCGGGUGAGGUGGGGCCCAAGGACAAGCAGCCUGCCAAGGAGCUGACAGGACAGAGGCUGAUUGAGAAGGAGGCCAUGGAAAUGGGAAAAGUGAAGUUCUCCCUGUACCUCCAGUACCUGCGUGCCGUGGGCUGGGGAUUCUCUGCUUGGGUUUUGAUCACCUACGUUGCACAAUAUGCUGCCUUCAUGGGGUCCAACCUGUGGCUCAGUGACUGGACCGACGACUCGCUGCGGUACUGGAACCAGACCUAUCCAACCUCUCAGCGGGACAUGCGGAUCGGGGUCUUCGGGGCACUGGGCACAGCGCAGGCUGUCUUCCUGCUGGCCGGAGCCCUCCUGGCUACUCGAGGUGCCAUCCGGGCCUCUCGCGUGCUGCAUCAGCAGCUGCUCAGCAAUAUCCUGCGAGUGCCCAUGAGCUUCUUCGACACAACUCCCACAGGUCGCAUCGUCAACAGAUUCGCCAAGGACAUCUUUACCGUGGAUGAGACCAUCCCCAUGUCCUUCCGUAGCUGGCUGACCUGCUUUCUGGGCAUCAUCAGCACCCUGCUUAUGAUCUGCUUGGCCACCCCCUACUUCGCCCUCAUCAUCAUUCCCUUGAGCAUCUUCUAUUUCUUCCUGCUGCGCUACUAUGUCUCCACGUCCCGCCAGCUGAGACGUCUGGAUUCCGUCACCAGGUCUCCCAUCUAUUCCCACUUCGGUGAGACAGUGUCAGGCCUGUCUGUGAUCAGGGCCUAUGGACACCAGGAGCGGUUUCUGCAGCACAACAACCGGAUCAUGGAUAUAAACCAGAAAAGUGUUUACUCCUGGAUUGUCUCGAAUAGGUGGCUGGCUGUCCGCCUGGAGUUUGUGGGGAACCUGGUGGUUUUCUCUGCGGCUCUUCUGGCCGUGAUUACGAGGGACAAUCUGGGGAGUGGCAUCGUUGGGCUCUCCAUCUCCUCAGCACUCAACAUAACCCAGACGUUGAACUGGCUGGUGCGGAUGACAUCGGAGCUGGAAACCAACAUUGUGGCGGUGGAGCGAGUGCACGAGUACACAGAGGUGGAGAAUGAGGCUCAGUGGGUGACAGCGCAGCGACCACCCCCCGGCUGGCCUAGCAAAGGCGAGAUCCAGAUUACUGACUACCAGGUCCGGUACCGACCUGGGCUGGAGCUGGUUCUUCAUGGGCUCACUUGUGAUAUUGGGAGCACUGAAAAGGUCGGGGUUGUAGGCAGGACAGGGGCUGGGAAAUCCUCUCUCACCAACUGCCUCUUCCGGAUCCUGGAGGCUGCAGGAGGGAAGAUCGUGAUUGAUGGGGUGGACAUAUCGACCAUUGGCCUCCACGACCUACGCCAGAGCCUCACCAUCAUCCCCCAGGUGAGCGCUGCAUGGGCAGAGGCAGGUGCCUGGUCUCUGGCAGCAGGUGGCCAGGGAUUUUGCCAUAGGGCACACGUGGGCUGGGCAUUGUGCCCCUCGAUAGCCAGUUCCAUGCCCUGGGUGUCUUUUUCAUUAACUUAUCCCAACCUGCCACCAAAGCUGAGUGGCAGCCAAAGCUGAGUGCGGCACUGUGAGCAGGAGGGGCCCAAGCCAGAGCCCCCAGGUGUGGAAGGAGGGGAGCUGACAGCAGCUGCAGCAGAAGACACAGCCCGUCCUGGGCACCACCUGAGCUCUGGAAGCAAAAGCUCAGAUGCCCCCCACUUCUCCCUGCCUUGGGCACUGUGGGAAAUGGCACCCACUGUGGUUCAGCCCAGGCCCAGGAUCAGCCUGCUGGUCUCCUGCUGGGAACCUAGGCUCAGCCACUAACCUUCACCCAGCGUGUGGAGACCCACUUGCUGGCACAUUUGCUGCUCUGCCAGGCUGCUGAUCUACCAUCAGCCUGUGGCUGUCGGAGCUGCAGUAUGGCCAAGCUCUUGGUGAAGCAGCCGUGGUAGGAGCCUAACCCUGCCCUGCCAGCCAAUGCAUUGCCCAGCCCUGGUCAGCCAGUUUGUGUGGCUGGACAAACAGCUCAGAGCUGGCUCUAGCCAAACAGAGCAGACUCAGAUGCAGCGGGUGGCCCCCUUGUGUCUGUCUAACGGGCUUACAAGCACCUCAUGGCUCUGGCGCUGGCAGGGCCCUUGACCUCGCGCUGGCAGAGACCCCUGUGCUGUCCUUGCAGGAUCCGGUAUUGUUCUCUGGGACAUUACGGAUGAA